UGCCCCAUUUCAGUCUAACAGGGAGGUUCCCAGGCAAACAGGUAGGGAGCAAGGGCCAUUCAGCCCAGGUGCCCCUGAGCUGGUUCCUUCUUGACUGGCACACACAUCUCACUUCUUCCCACCCAUCGCCAACCUGAGCCAGCUGGGCGGCCAGGGAGCAGCUAUGCCUUACCUCCAUCCGGCCCCAGGGCCCCAGGAGCACCCGACUCCCAAGGACGCCCGUAUCACUCAUUCCUCAGGCCAGAGCUUCGAGCAGCUAAGGCAGGAGAGCCUGCAGAAGGGCACCCUGUUUGAGGAUGCAGACUUCCCAGCCAACAGCUCCUCUCUCUUCUACAGUGAGAGGCCCCAGAUCCCCUUCGUGUGGAAACGGCCGGGGGAAAUAGUGGAAAACCCAGAAUUCAUCCUUGGAGGGGCCACCAGGACUGAUAUCUGCCAGGGGGAGCUUGGCGACUGCUGGCUGUUGGCUGCCAUUGCCUCCCUGACGCUGAAUGAGAAAGCGCUGGCCAGAGUGGUCCCCCAGGACCAAGGCUUCGGCCCCGGUUAUGCUGGGAUAUUCCAUUUCCAGUUCUGGCAGCACAGUGAGUGGCUGGACGUGGUGAUCGAUGACCGACUGCCCACCUUCAGGGACCGCUUGAUCUUCCUCCACUCCGCUGACCACAAUGAGUUCUGGAGCGCCUUGCUGGAAAAAGCAUAUGCCAAGCUGAACGGGAGCUACGAGGCUCUGAAGGGGGGCAACGCCAUCGAGGCCAUGGAAGACUUCACGGGGGGUGUAGCAGAGACCUUCGAAACUAAAGAGGCUCCAGAGAACUUCUAUGAGAUUCUAGAGAAGGCCCUGAAGAGGAGCUCUCUGGUGGGCUGCUCCAUUGAUAUCAGAAAUGCUGCAGAAUCUGAAGCCCGGACGCCUUUCGGUCUCAUUAAGGGUCAUGCCUACACUGUGACGGGAAUUGACCAGGUAAACUGCCGAGGCCAGAAAAUCGAACUCAUCAGAGUCCGGAACCCUUGGGGUCACGUGGAGUGGAACGGGUCCUGGAGCGACAGUUCUUCUGAGUGGCAUUCCAUCAGCCCAGCUGAGCAAAGACGCCUGUGUCACACUGCCCUCGACGAUGGGGAAUUCUGGAUGGCGUUUAGGGACUUCAAGGCCCAUUUUGACAAAGUAGAGAUCUGCAACCUCACUCCGGAUGCCCUGGAGGAGGGUGCUCUCCACAAAUGGGAGGUGAUGGUCCAUCAAGGAAGCUGGGUGCGGGGCUCCACAGCUGGGGGCUGCCGCAAUUUCCUGGAUACCUUUUGGACCAAUCCACAAAUAAAACUGUCCCUGACUGAGACAGAUGAGGGACAGGAGGAGUGCACUUUCCUUGUAGCCCUGAUGCAGAAAGAUCGAAGGAAACUCAAGAGAUUUGGUGCCAAUGUGCUGACCAUCGGCUAUGCCAUUUACAAGUGCCCCGGCAAAGACGAACACCUGAGCAAGGACUUCUUCAGAUACCACGCUUCCCAGGCCAGAAGCAAAACCUUCAUCAACCUGAGAGAAGUCUCCGACCGCUUCAAGCUGCCUCCUGGGGAAUACAUCCUGAUUCCCAGCACUUUUGAGCCCCAUCAGGAAGCCGAUUUCUGCCUGAGGAUCUUUUCCGAGAAGAAAGCCAUUACCCAGGACGUGGAUGGAAAUGUAGACAUUGAGCUUCCUGAGCCUCCAAAGCCGAUGCUCCCUGGCCAAGAGACAGAGGAGGAACAGCAGUUCCGGGCCCUGUUUGAACAAGUGGCUGGUGAGGACAUGGAGGUGACAGCAGAGAAGCUUGAAUAUGUUUUAAAUGCUGUGCUGCAAAAGAGAAAGGACAUCAAAUUCAAGAAACUAAGCCUGAUUUCCUGUAAAAACAUCAUUUCUCUAAUGGACACCAGUGGCAACGGGAUGCUGGAGUUUAGUGCAUUCAAAGUGUUCUGGGACAAACUGAAGAAGUGGACGAACCUUUUCCUUCAGUUCGAUGCUGACAAAUCCGGCACCAUGUCCUCCUACGAGCUGCGGACCGCCCUGAGAGCCGCAGGCUUCCAGCUGAGCAGUCACCUCCUGCAGCUGAUCGUCCUCAGAUACGCAGACGAGGAGCUCCAACUGGGCUUUGACGACUUCCUCAACUGCAUGGUCCGGCUGGAGAACGCGAGCCGGGUGUUCCAGGCCCUCAGCACCAAGAACAAGGAGUUCAUUCAUCUCAACAUAAACGAGUUACAGGGGCUGAUUCCAGCAAAAAUGAUGGAGGAGACAGCAUGGGUCAGAGUUUCAGAGGCUCGAAAGAGGCAUCCCAGUUCAUCAUCUUGACAAUGAACAUUUGAGACUUCCCUGGUGGGGAUGCAGCCUGUCCAGCUGACCCUUGACUUUUGGACCAUGAACUUCAGAACGUCUCCUGGUGUAGAGCUGUCAUAUCCAGGGCUCUCUCCAUUUCCGUCAUCCAACCCUCUAUCUGCUACACAUGCUCCUGAUCUUGGAAGAAUGGAAUGGACUCAGCCAUGCUCUCUGACUUUAUGCUACCUCUUUAUGAAAUCUCUGCCCUAAGAUGGCUAAUGCCUUACAUCCAGUAUCAGGCAUCUCAAGCCAUUUCUCCCUCUACUUUCCCUACCUCAUCCCAUUACUAAUUAUUCAAAGUGCUAGUGCACAGAACCCUGGCUUCACUGUAGCUUCAAUCAUUGUACUCGAACAUCCCAUACAGAACAAUGUUUUUAUAAAUGUGUGGCUGGAGAUGAGAAGGGAAAGGUGUGAGGUCAUAAUCAAGCAUUUUCUGCAUUGUAA